AUGGAGAACAAGGGUUCAAGCACAAGAGCUUAUGUGGUGCCACCAACGGAGCCAUUCAUACCCGUGGCGAAUGUUGUGAGGAUCAUGCGGCGUGUGGUACCGACACAUUGCAAGAUCGCUGAUGAUGUGAAGGAGAUUGUUCAACAUUGUGUCUCGGAAUUCAUUAGUCUAAUCACUGUCGAAGCUAACAUGCAUUGUCAAAGCGAGAGUCGUAGAACGAUUACCGCCGAUGAGAUUCUUUGGGCCAUGGCCAAGCUAGGGUUUGAUGAUUAUGUUAACACAGCCCGCGAUGCAGUUGGAUCGCAUGGACCGUGGAAUGCGAUGAAUGGAAAAAGAGGAAGGGACAAUUCUUCUUGUUCAAGUGACCCUAAUGCUGGACCUUGA